CGUCUGACAGGGAAUCUAAGAUCUGGUUGACGAUGGAAGCGUACCUGCGCUGUGGCACGGGCUGGCCGCUGCUUCCGCCCUUGCUGGACGCUUUGGCAGCGCAGCACAGCGCACUUCUCGACGAUCUGGUGGGCCUCGCAUGUGAGCUCCAGCCGACAGCCUCGCUGCUCGAGCGCAUGGCCAGGGAGCCAAAGCUUUGCCUCCGCGACCCGACGAAUAGUGCACGCAGUAUCGCUGCCGGGCUCCAAUUCAUCGUUCGGGGCUUGACGCUUCAAAAGCUGCAGUAUCCUUUGGCGACGAUGGGACCCGAGGUGCAGGCUAGCCACGAAGCGGCAUGGGAGGCCUGUCUGGCCAGUCUCCGUGCCGCCUUGGGCUUCAUUCGCCACCGCGAUGCGAUUGCACUCAUGCUCCUCAAGCGGUGGAAGCGCCAAGUCCGCGGCGACACGUCCAUGGCCGCGACAAGUCGUCUUGCUAAUUUGGACUGGCAGCUCGGUGUGCGAUUCGCACCACCCAUGGCGCCGUCCGUGCACGUGACCAUGAAGUGGACCGUCCAGGACGCGAAUGGCUCCAAGAAUGUCUACAUCCAGGAGCUCCCGGUGCACGAGUUUCGCGCGCUGCGCGCACAAGCACAGGCCGCCGCCGCGGUCCUCGCAGCCAGCUAGCCCCUCGACGUCGACAUGCGAUCCGCCGGACGCGCCCCCACUUGAUACAUACUUGAUACAUCACAAUGGACGAUGGUAUAUCGUGU